GACGAUUGACCAGCAUCAAUAUAUUGAUCGUAGUGCAACGGGAUUGAUACGACCCCACAGGUGCGCGCGCUGCAGGGCUUCAGGAUCCGGAUGGGGUAAAGGCGCCGCCAUCCGUACGCUCUGGAGGGACGUUCAGCGCGAUAGAAAAACCAAGUCCUACCAAACGCCUUGUGUUUACACAAGAGCCAUCCAAAGCCACGUUUUAGCAGGCGAUCUUGAACGAAGUGCAGCGCAGAAAACUUUUAGCUGUUUAUCCCGACAGAGGAGUGGAGCAGUCAAAUCAGACUGCGCGUAUGCGAUUACUUUAAAUCCCUUGAGGAAAAAAAAAAAAAAAAACAAAGAAAAGAAAAACAGUGCAUCGGACACACUUUUGACAUUUGGAUAACAUGGUGAAUUGCAGCUGAUCGAGCACAUGUCGUGCAUGCAGCAGAGCCCCGUUGUUGUUGUUGCAAGAGCAUAGAGAGCGUGGACAUGGAAAUCGCUGCAAAGUAAACCCGACGUCGUUCGGACUGGGCUUGCAGGGAAUGGUCCAUCGGGGAUAUUUCGGAAAGUGUUUUUAAUUCACCUCCCGCCCCUUUCGCCGUCUCGCCAGUUUUGUGGACGGAAGAGUCUGCUGGGUCGACAUGGAGAGCCAGGAGGAGAAGGAGAGCAGGGCGGACAAGCGCUUCGCCCUCACUUACGUCGGCUGGUGCUCGCUGGACAGGCGGACCACUCUGCCCAUGCUGCCGUGGCUGGUGGCCGAGAUCCGCCGGAGGAGCGAGAGGGGCGACUGCGGCCCCGUCAUGCAGCCCAGAGAAGUUCAGCUGCUGCUCAACCCCCCCUUCGUGCGCUGCGUCCCCUCCAACAGCAGCAACUCGUCGGUCUUCAUCUUCGAGCACAAAGCGCAGCUGAUCUCGCGCUUCAUCCACAACAGCAAUGACCUCACUUGUUUUUCCUAUCUGCUGCGGGGCCAGCCGGACAACCCGGAGUCCGAGAUGUCCUGUCACGUCUUCAAGGCCUGCGAGCCGAACCAGGUCCCAGAGGUAAUCAGCAGCAUUCGUCAAGUGUCCAAAUCGGCUCUGAAGGAAGAUGCCAAACCCAAACAGGAAGCCGACGAGGCGUUCUACAACUCUCAGAAGUUUGAAGUGCUUUACUGUGGCAAGGUCACUGUGGGCCACAAGAAAGCUUCAUCGACCCUCAUUGAUGACUGCGUGGAAAAAUUUCGCCAACAUGAGACUGAACGUAAGCGCCUGCGCCUCCUCAACGGUCAGCGAGGGUCUACAGAAACCAUCCCGGUGGAUUUGCUCAUUGCUGGAGAUGGGGACCCGCUUUUCACUUCCCUCAGCAGAACUACAGAGGAACCGGAAGCUCCAGAACUAGAAGAGCUUAACACAGGUAAAUGUCUGCCCAGCAGCGCCAGUCAGAGCAGUCUGCGAGGAUCCUUCCCCGAGUGCAUCCUGGAGGACUCUGGGUUUGAGGAACCUCAGGAGUUUCGCACGCGCUGCAGCAGCCUGGCUGGAAGCCUGCAAAGGAAGCCGGGGGAGGGAAUCAUCAUGGGUCCCACGCGUCGCAGACACGCCAGUGCGCCGAACAACGUCCAGCCGUCCGAUUCUGACAAGAACCGCACUAUGCUGUUCCAGGUUGGACGUUUUGAAGUGAACCUCAUUAGUCCAGACAGUAAAACAGUGGUGCUGGAAAAGAACUUCAAAGAAAUCUCAUCCUGCUGUCAGGGCGUCAAGCAGACCGAUCAUUUUGGAUUUAUCUGCAGGGACCAGACGGAGUCCGGUCCCAGUCAGUACAUGUGCUACGUCUUCCAGUGCGCCAAUGAGUCGCUGGUUGACGAGGUGAUGCUGACCCUGAAGCAGGCCUUCUCCACCGCCGCAGCCUUACAGAGCAACAAGACCCCGGUGCAGCUCUGCGAAGCGUGCCCCAUGCACGACCUGCACAAGCUCUGCGAGAGGAUUGAGGGUCUUUAUCCACCCCGAGCAAAGCUCGCAAUCCAAAAAUAUCUCUCCCUGUUGACUGAUAAUGAGCAGGCAGAGAUUUUCGAGCGAGUUCAAAGACUGAAGCCUGCAUCUGACCAAGAGGAGAAUGAGUUGGCGAUCAUGUAUCUAAGGCAGCUCUGUGAAAGCAAACAGAAAUCUCAUCUUCAUAUCGGAGAAACCCCUCAGAAUGCAACAAACAGCACAGCUGCAGGAGACGGCUCAGCCACCGGCAGUCGAUUCAAACUUGAUGUUCUCAAGAAUAAAGCCCGCACAUCCCUCACCAGCUCUCUGGAAAACAUCUUUGCCAGGGGUGCCAGCAGAAUGCGGGGCCGCUUGGGAAGCAUGGGAAGCAUUAGCAGUUUCGAAAGACAGGAUGAGGAGUCUCCUGGUCACUCCCCGCCAGGUUCUCCUCCCGCCUUCCCAGACGACGAGCUGGAAUUCGGGCCGCAGUUCCGUCGGCGUGCUCACACCUUCAGCCACCCGCCGGUGAGGAAGCGCAUCUCUUUCGAGAGCCAGCCGGCCAACCAGACCAAACAGGCGCCGCUCCGCAGGCAGCACUCCGUCAACCCAGAGCUGCUGCAGACCAGUCACGUGGCCGUGUCCCGAACGCGCAGCAUUUCCGAGGGGGAGUCCUCCUUCAGCCUCCCCUCCACCUUCUCCGCUCCCACUUUCCUGAAAAGCUUUUACCAGGGUUCGCUGGGCUCCCUGACGGACAGUGGGAGCUUCAAGAGCAAUGGAGAAGGCAGAAAAAGGACGCUGUCAAGCUGCAGCAACGACUCUCUGAGCGGAGGUCUCCAUCUGACCCCACGCAGGGUCUCCUGGAGACAGAAGAUCUUCCUGCGGGUCGCCUCACCCAUGAACAAGCCAUCUGCAUCUAUGCAGGACACAGACGGCUCUGAUGCCACGGAGCUGCUGCCUCUGUCUCCUCGUGCCUCGGACCCAGGUCUGGACCCUCUGCGGCGUCUUUUAUCCCCGGCAUCUGAUCAGCCGGCCGACAAGAAGCCCAAGAAGACAGGAGCCGAUUACAGAGCUCUCUGGAAAACUGCCAUCCACCAGCAGAUCCUCCUGCUGCGCAUGGAAAAGGAGAAUCAGAGGCUGGAAGCGAGUCGAGACGAGCUACACAUCCGCAAAACGAAGCUCAACUACCAGGAAGUGUGUGCCUGCUCCAAGGAAGCUCAGGCGCUCUGGGAGAGAAAGCUAACAGCUCCAGGCCGAACCACAAACCCGCAGGACAAGGAGGACAUAUACAGAGCCAUCUGCCAGGGAGUUCCAAAGAGCAGACGCGGGGAGGUCUGGCUACUCCUUUCCCAUCAGCAUCGGCUGCAGCACAGACUGCCCCAGCGCCAGCAAGCUCCAGACACCCCCUACUACGACCUGCUGAAGCAGCUCACCGCACAGCAGCACGCCAUUCUGGUCGACCUAGGCCGGACCUUCCCCACCCACCAGUACUUCUCAGCCCAGCUUGGAGCAGGCCAACUUUCCCUCUACAAUUUGCUGAAGGCGUACUCUCUGAUGGACACAGAGGUUGGCUACUGCCAAGGCAUCAGCUUUGUGGCCGGAGUGCUGCUGCUCCACAUGAGGGAAGAGCAAGCUUUCGACAUGUUGAAGUUCCUGAUGUACGACCUGGGCAUCAGGCGGCAGUACCGACCCGACAUGGUGUCACUGCAGAUUCAGAUGUACCAGCUGUCCAGGCUGCUGCACGACUACCACCGGGACCUUUACAACCACCUGGAGGAGUACGAGAUCGGGCCGAGCCUCUACGCCGCGCCUUGGUUCCUCACCCUCUUCGCCUCACAGUUCCCCCUUGGCUUCGUGUCCCGUAUCUUUGAUUUAGUGUUUGUGCAGGGUCCUGGGGUGAUCUUUAAAGUGGCCCUCUGUCUGCUGAGCAGCCAUGAGAGGGAGAUAGUGGAAUGUGACAGCUUUGAGAGCAUCGUGGACUACCUGAAAACUACACUCCCCACGCUCACACAAACACAGAUGGAGGAGACCAUAACCAAGGUUAUGGAGAUGGACAUCUCCAAGCAGCUGCAUGCAUAUGAAGUUGAGUACCACGUCCUGCAGGAUGAGAUGUUGGACGCCGGGCCGCCACCCGACGACUCGGAGCGCCUCGACAAAUUAGAGAAGACGAACGUGCAGCUGAAAAAACAGAACAUGGAUCUGCUGGAAAAACUUCAAGCUGCAAGACAGAAGAUUCAGACUCUGGAGACGAGCAUGGAGAACUUCCUCUCUCGGGAGAGCAAAAUGAAGCACAUGAUUCGCUCCCUGGAGCAAGAGAGGGCAGCCUACCAGAGGACCAUUGAACGCAUGCGCUCCAGCCUUCCCCCCGACACCCUGACAGAUGUGGAGAUGACCCAGAUCAAAACAGGACCCAACGGGAAAGCCAAAUCCACAGCCAAGAAGCCCUGAUGGCAACAGGAGGGAGUAGGUGGGGAUGGAGAGAGGCGGCGGAGGGGGGUUGGAGGCGGAUUGGCUGCUUUUGGGCAGAUGCAGCGACUCCGAUCCACAAACUGUGAAGAGAUGACUGCUCAGUGGUGGAAAGCUGACGAGUUCCACUUUACUUCUGUGAUGAAGUGCGGCUGCGUUUUGUAAAUGUUUGAAGUCUUGAGACAGACAAACUGCAUGGGGAAACAUCUUGGUUGUGUUUGAUGAGCAGAUAAAAAGAGUGGUGGGAGGAUGGUUUCAGAAAAGCCAGUCUUCCUCUCGUCUGAUUCAUAACCAGUUAGGAGGCAGAGUCAACGGCCACACCGUCCUGCGAUGGUCGAAUGUUUGGCUCUAUUCAUGGGGGAAUUUCCUUGAUCGCACUGCCUGGAAGUAUUUACUGCCUGACAGCACAGAAGCUGCCUGUUGAGACAUCAUUUUUUUACAGCCAUUACCAGUGUCUUGAUCUGGGGAGCGUCUUGUUCUUUUACACUUUUGUCUCCAAUGAAAGCUUGGCUUUAUUACAUUUUAAUCAUUCAAAGUUUUUUUAUGAAUGUGACGUCUCCUCGUGGGUCGUUCUAACCCCGUUCAUUCUCUCACUGCGAAGGUCGGCGUUGCUCCUCAGCAGAGCUGGAGUGCAGCGUCGCUAGAGAUCGUUCAGAGGGCCGUUUUCUCAGGAAACGUCUCUUCCAGAUCUCAGGCAGGAUGUGAGGUCGCCUGCCUCCUCUGCUUCCUGUAAGACGCCGGCCGCGCCAGCCGUCUCUCUUUUAGCACCGCCUUCAGACUUCGAGGCAGAGCUCGUGCUCCCCGGGAGGCGCAGACUAAACGGGCCGAGUUGGAGACGGGAUCUGAAUGUACACGCUGUCGCACUUAAGAAACAAAAGAAAAAGCUCUGCGUGGCACCGCCGCUUUAGUUUCUGCAGCGCCUCUCAGAAGUAUUCACAGCUGUCGAACUGUUUCACAUUGUCUCUGUGACAACCGCAAUGUAUUUUUUCACGCUUUAAUUUGACAUAUCAAUGCAUACAAUUGUGAAUUAGAAGGAAAUUGAAGCAUUCACCCAUCCAACUCUCCUCCCUUGUCCUGGCAGGGCUGGAGGGUGCAGUGUUGGGAGUUUGGUGUUGGUGACACACAGGACAGACGAUUGACAUUUGACCUAACAGUCAUGUUUUUGGACUGAGAAGAAACUGGAGUACCUGAAUAAAAUCCACUUAUGCACAUAGAGAACAUACAGAGAGCAAAACCGAUCCAAACUGGAAAACAGUUUGGAUCAAGUGAAAGGUGCCAUUUGACAGAAAAAAAGUGUGUGUGUCUGCAAAAACAUAAAAUCUUACAGAGUAUUGUUGUGUAGUCUAGUAUGUCUUAGUACGCUUGAUAUAAGACAAGGUAUUGGAGUUUGUUUUAACGCAAUAAUUCCUCGACCAAAACGUAUUCAUUACACAAGCAGAUUAUUUCACAUAUAAUAAGACAUUUUUCCAAUCUUGUAAGUGAAAUAAACAAAUAUUGAGGAAUUAUUGAUUAAAAAUAAACUCCUAUAUCUCGCUAAAAAUAGUUGUAAGAUAGUUUUAUCACAUUUUAAGAGAUACUUGCACUAGAAAUUAAACCAAAAGUACUGUGUGAGAUUUUGUGUUUUUGCAGUGUAGACUUUGUUUGCUCACAUUCCCCUAAACGAACUGCGGUACAGCCAAUCCCCUUCACAAUCACAGAAUUAACAAUCUGUAGUUUAUCAAGUAUGUAGCACAUUUUCCUGAUUUUUAUGAAUCAGCAAUUUUAACAAUCACUUCGAAAUUACCCUCUGCCUUGUGUUGGUCUGUUAUCUAAAAUCUGCACCAUAAAUUGAAUAAAUUGUAGUUGCAACAUGACAGAGUACAGAAAUGUUUGCUGGGCAUGAAUACUUUUGAAAGGCACUUUAUUGUGCUCAAGAUUUCAAUCAGAUACGUUGUUGUCCGUGCACAAUGUCCAAAAACUGGAGUUUAGUUUAGCAGAAAAAUAAGAAGGAGCUAAAAUGAGUCUGAGGGCACUUGAGUUGCCCUCUCGACGGUAAUGAGUCUUGGAUUUUAUAUACUGCAUCUACACACACACACACACACACGCACACACACACCCUGCAGUGAAGUGGUUGACUGCAUGGACAGAUGGUUUAUAUGCUUUUAAAGCUCUGUCCCUGGCUCCCUCUUUGAUUUUGUUUUUCUGCCACCUCCAGGUCUGAAUCACAUUUUAUUCAAGUGAAAACUCGUCCUCGUCCUUUAAAGGUGUGUGUGUGUGUGUUUGGGGGGGGGACUCUUUACUAUUAAAUUAGAGUGACUUCUAUCACGAAACGAGGGUGUUCAUCAGUCGUCCUGACCUUGGAGACAAGUGGCACAUUUGUGUUGGUUUGAGUGUAAAGUUUUUAUUCUGCUACUUCAGUCCCAGAAGAUAUAUGGUAAUGGCAGCCGGUGCAAUAUGUUUGUUUGUCGAUCUUACGCGCGUCUUUACAUGCGAGUGGUAUCGGCUAGUUCGCAGGAAGUGUUUUUAGCUGUCAUGUAAUUAAGGCCGUAAAUUUCCCGGCUAAGACAAACGUCUCAUUUGUUGAAUGAGUUGUUGAAAAAUAAGUUGCAUGGAUUUAUCCCGCAAAACAUAUCAAAUGGCUCUUUUUUAAAAAAAGAAAAAAAAAAACAACUUUUGAUGGAUGCAUGCAGUAAUGAGGAAACAAAGCCUUUGUCUGAAGUUUGUACUACUGCAAUACUUGUGCAUUUUAGAUGUAUGACCAUUGAACCAAAGAUGUGCUUUAUUUCCUGGAAAUACAUGAACGAAUUCAUUCAAAAGGCACAGCGUUUUAUAUAUUUUACAGGUUCUUUCCACAAAUCUGUCUCACUUCUUCUCCCCCCCCAAAUGUUGUUUUAACCUGAAGAAAUGCCAAAUAUUGCUCACAAAAACUUGAGAACGCGAUUAAAAAAAACAGCAUCAGGUCUUUUUAUCAUCAUUACACAUUUGUUUAAAUUACUUUAUUUAGCUAUACAAUGCCCUAUAUGCAGGGUUCUUGGUUCUUGCGCAUUUCAUGUCCAAAUCCCAGGUUUUAAUAUGGAAGUAAAGAAAAAAACAGGAUGGAUGGACAAUCAGGUGAAUGAAUAGAAAGGUGGACAAUCAGAAAAGCAAGAGGUCAAAAUUAUGGAAGACUGACCGGAAGGAUAGAUGGCGAAAACGAAUGGAGAAGUGCAUAGUGGGUGGAUGGGCUUAUGAAAAUACAUUUCAUACUUUUUCAGACUGCAUUGGAACCCUGUGUGUGAUCUGUGGAGGUGAAGUGCCAUCCUAAGAAUGUCACUGUUUGGGUCAGCAUCUCGACUGCUAACUAGUGCUUGUAUCACUGUGCUUAAACUGUCAACAUGAGGGCUACACUGAAGCUAAGACACUGUCCUGAAUACAUCAAUAAACCACACAUUGCCUUGUU